UAAAAGAGGAAGGACCCAGAAUUCACUAGGCAGCUGUGAAUUCAAGCCAUUAAGUUCUAUAUUUCAAAAGCAAUUUUUAAAUUAUUGAUACGGAAAACCAUACAAGGUAUGCAAAGUUAGAUAAUACCGCCUAUAAGGCAGAUAAAAGAUGGCUGUGGAAACCACAAGAGGCGGGUGAUUAAAAUACAACAACAAAAAUGUAAAUGAGAGGGAGAGAACGAGCGAGAGAAAGAGCUGAAGACUGAAAGAGAGCGCAUAUGAGCGAGAGAGAGCGAGAGAGAGGGGCUGUUCUCUUCAGCCAAUAAGGUGGAUGGAAACAGGUAACAGAGAUACAGCAGACAUCAAGAUUUUCAGGAUUUACCCUCGGGGCUGUUUUUAAUUUCUGUUCAUUGUUCACUGACUGGACUACCCUUUACUUCCUGAGUCAUCAUUUAACGCCACCCGAUCCAGUUAACUGUGCCUUAAAGCUGUGACCUGGCACUGGCUGAAAGAUUGGAAUAAACUCAAGAAGCGUGCUGCUUAAAUCUCUGCAGUGGCAUGUCAUGAGGCUUGAGACAGAAAGAGAAAUGAAAACAUCCUCCAAGCCAAACUGUUUCCCCUGUGGAGGAUACGGAUAAAGCAAAAGGAAUACUUGAUUUGUCAGGGAGACUCAACGGUCAGUCAUGAAAGUGGCAUCUUUCAACAUCCAGAGGUUCGGGGAGAAUAAAGUGUCAGACGGAAAGAUUGUCUCCACUCUCGUCAAGAUUGUAUCCCGUUACGGAAUCAUCCUGAUCCUGGAGGUGGUCGACGCCAAAGGAACAGCCAUGAGGAAAUUUCUUCAGGAGCUGAAUAAGGCCAAUAAAAUGCAUCCCUACAAAAUGGUGAUGAGCUCACGGCUUGGCCGGAAAUCCUACAAAGAGCAGUUCAUGUUCCUCUACCGAGCGGACCUGGUGACGCUGACGGACACCUACCAGUAUGAGGACAAUCAGAAGGGGGACGAGGACGCCUUCGCCAGGGAACCCUACAUCCUGCGCUUUACCUGCCUGGACACAGUGCUGAAGGACCUGGUGUUGAUCCCCGUGCACACCAAGCCUGAGGACUCAGAGAAGGAGCUGGACGAGCUGUAUGACGUCUUUCUGACCGUGAAGGAGAAGUGGAAGACUGAUGACAUUAUGAUCCUUGGAGACUUCAAUGCAGAUGGUGCCUAUGUGUCCAAGAAGAAGAUGAAAAAAAUCAGGAUCCGCAGUGACACAAACUUCCAUUGGCUGAUCGGGGAUGAUGUAGACACUACUGCCAAUACAGGAAAUGACCACACCUAUGACAGGAUCGUGGUUUAUGGAGAUGACAUGUUGGAAGCCAUAGUACCAAACUCAGCCCAGCCAUUCGAUUUCCCCCAAGCCUAUGGCCUGACAGAAGACAUGGCUCUGAGUAUAAGUGACCACUACCCUGUGGAAGUGACGCUGAAAAGCACCGAGACAAAGAAGAGGAGAGAAAGCCCCCCACUGAACCCCAAACCUGUGGAAAAAGCCAGGGCAAAGAAGAGGAGAGAAAGCCCCCCACUGAACCCCAAACCUGUGGAAAGAGUCACGAGAGGAAGAGGAAGGCCAAAGACCAAUGCAGCAGUUUAGCAUAAAGAGCAAUGCAGCAGUUUAGCAUAAAGAGUAAUGUAGCGGUUUAGCAUAAAGAGCAAUGCAGCGGUUUAGCAUAAAGAGAAAUGCAGCGGUUUAGCAUAAAGAGCAAUGUAGCGGUUUAGCAUAAAGAGCAAUGUAGCAGUUUAGCAUAAAGAGAAAUGCAGCGGUUUAGCAUAAAGAGAAAUGCAGCGGUUUAGCAUAAAGAGCAAUGUAGCGGUUUAGCAUAAAGAGCAAUGUAGCGGUUUAGCAUAAAGAGCAAUGUAGCAGUUUAGCAUAAAGAGCAAUGUAGCAGUUUAGCAUAAAGAGCAAUGCAGCGGUUUAGCAUAAAGAGAAAUGCAGCGGUUUAGCAUAAAGAGCAAUGUAGCGGUUUAGCAUAAAGAGCAAUGUAGCAGUUUAGCAUAAAGAGCAAUGUAGCGGUUUAGCAUAAAGAGCAAUGUAGCAGUUUAGCAUAAAGAGCAAUGUAGCAGUUUAGCAUAAAGAGCAAUGUAGCGGUUUAGCAUAAAGAGCAAUGUAGCAGUUUAGCAUAAAGAGCAAUGUAGCGGUUUAGCAUAAAGAGCAAUGUAGCAGUUUAGCAUAAAGAGCAAUGUAGCAGUUUAGCAUAAAGAGCAAUGUAGUGGUUUAGCAUAAAGAACAAUGUAGCAGUUUAGCAUAAAGAGCAAUGUAGCAGUUUAGCAUAAAGAGCAAUGUAGCAGUUUAGCAUAAAGAGCAAUGUAGCAGUUUAGCAUAAAGAGCAAUGUAGCGGUUUAGCAUAAAGAGCAAUAUAGCAGUUUAGCAUAAAGAGCAAUGUAGCGGUUUAGCAUAAAGAGCAAUGUAGCAGUUUAGCAUAAAGAGCAAUGUAGUGGUUUAGCAUAAAGAGCAAUGCAGCGGUUUAGCAUAAAGAGCAAUGCAGCGGUUUAGCAUAAAGAGCAAUAAACAGGAAUCAGGACUCAUGUUCUUUCUCUUUCAGGAUGAUAAAAUAUACUCAAAAAUUAUACGCAUUUUUAAAAAAUGUUAGAAAACAGUACACAUAAUAUUCCAGAAAUGCAUUUUUUUGUAUAGAGCUUUUUACAAAGGGUAUUCUCACAAAGCAGCUUUUCAGAGAUCCAGGCCUGAACCCCCAAGGGCAUGCUCAGGGUGACAGUGGCAGGGAAGAACUCCCUGGCUGGUAACAGGACGAAACCUUGAGCAGAGCCCAUCUGCCACUGGCUGCCAAUGGUUCACUGAAACAGGCGGAUCACAUAAUGCAUGUCAAUGACAAUAUGUAACUGAAACCAGGAGAAACACAUGUACAAUUAGGCCUAUAUUGUGAUUUUACCAUUCAUAAAUAACUUUAUCCAUGAUAUUGAUCCAUUUAUUUAAUGUUCAUUUUACUUUUAUUUUUUUAGAAAUGUGCUAAUGCACCCCUUUGUCAACUAUCGCUGUUAUGCUGAUGAGAAACAGUUGUGCAUAUCUGUUAAACCAAAUGAUCCCUAAACUUACUCGCACCUGUCUCACUGAUAUCAACUCGUGCAUAUCUGUUAAACCAAAUGACCCCUAAACUCACUCGCACCUGUCUCACUGAUAUCAACUUGUGGAUGAGCAAAAACUUUCUAAAGCUACAUUAAGAAAAAAUAAGAGAUUCUCCUUGUAGGGUCGGAAAUGAAAAAAGAAAACUGCCCCAAAACUUGGCUGUUUGGUUUAACAGUCUAAAUCAGAAGUAAGGGACUUGGAUUUGAUUUCAGAAUCUGACCUUAGUUUUAAUUCACAUUUUAAUAAGAUCACUAAGACCUCAUUUUCAUCCUAGGAACAUUGCUAAAGUGAGGCCUUUUUAACUCAUAAAGAUGCAAAAAAGUGUGUACAUGUUUUUAUCACAAGAAGACUGCAUUACUGUAAUUCUCUUUUUUACUGGGCUGCCAAAAAAAUCCAUGGAAAAAUUACAGCUAAUUCUGAACACUGUAACAAGAAUUUACACAAAAACUAAGAGGACAGGGAACACAUAACUCCAGUCCAUGCUGCUGUAUGUUGGUUACCUAUAGCUGUUAGAACUGAUUUUAUAUUUUAGGUCCUUUUACUUCUUUUAAAGCACUUAGCAGCCUAGCACUUUCAUAUAUCACAGAUUCCUUAUCAAUAUCCGUGCGAGAGCUCUUAUGUCCCCAAUGCUUUUUUAUACCAAAGGUCUCAUACAAAAAACUUGGUGAAACAGCCUUCUGUUUUUACACCCCUAAAUUAUAGAACACUCUCCCACAAGACCUCAGAAUGAAAAGGCUAAAGCCCAAUCUCUUUAAGUUGGCUUUUAAUGAACCCCUUCAAAGUUUUGCUUCUUUUCUAAUAAUAAUAAUAAUAAUAAUUAUUAUUAUUAUUAUUUGACAUUAAUUUUUAUUCUUAUCAUUACUUAACCCCAUUCAGCAAUUUUAUCUGUACUGCUUUUAUUUGUAUUGACUGUAUUUUGAAAUGUGUUUUGCAUUACCUUACAUGGCUUGUAUUUAUGCUUGACUCAUUUAUCUCUAACAAUUUUGUCUGCUUUGAAGUACUUUGAGCUGCUGUCUGUAUGAAAGGUGAUAUAUAAAUAAAGUUUUAUUAUUAUUAUUAUUA